AUGGAAGUUCAUGUGGGCGGGGUGGAGAACCCUCCAAUUCUAAACAUAGAUGCAUCUGAUGAAUGGGAUGCCUUUAGGAACAAUCUUGCCAAUGAAAUUGUGUGGACACCUGAGGAGGAUGAGCUACUAAUCCAGUGCAUGAUGAUACUACAUGAUAAGGGUGAACUUGUUUCUGAAAAUGGUCUUAGGCCUCGUGUCUUGAACCAAUUACAAGACAUGCUUCAUGGUCUUAUACCUGGAUGUAGUUUAAAGGCCCAUCCUCACAUCCAAUCUAGGAUUAAGAAGCUUAAAACUAACUAUGGUGUUAUUUCUGACCUUCUGAAAUUAUCUGGUUUUGGUUGGGAUAGCGAGAAGAAAUGUGUGACAGCUCCAAAGGCAGUAUGGGAUGAGCUUAUCAAGGUGAACAAGGAUGCUGCUAGGUUUAGGAAUAAGUCCUUCCCUCAUUAUGAAGAGCUUCAUGAUAUCUAUGGGAAGGACAGGGCAACUAGGAAGGAUGCUCAAGCUUGUGAAGAUGUAAUUGAAGAGAUAGAUGAUCAGAAUGGUGUAGACAAUUCAACAUUUGAGACUAAUCUUGAGGCUGACAUGGAUAUCUCUCAUGGAAAUAUUCCACCACCAAAUAACAGUCCACUAGAAACUGAAACUGAUAACUCUCCAUCUGAGGCAAGUUCUGGGUUGAAAAAACGCAAGCGCAAAAGCAUUGAUCGUGACGAUGUGCUUAUCCUUGGAAUGGAGAAAUUUGCUAAUUCAUUGGCUGAAGGUUUUAACGAAGCAAGUGAGCGAUUAGGAAUGCAUAUUGACAGGGUUGAUCGUGAGAAGCGCCUGGAUGGGAUGAGGGAGUCGCUCUAUGGUGAGCUUUUGAAGGUUGAAGGACUUUCUCAUCAAGAGCGUCUUUCGGCCUAUGUUAAGAUUAUUUCUGAUGAGAGCAUACUAGUUGGAUUCUAUGCCAUGCCUCAAGAUGCAAAAGCAGAUUUGGUCCGCCAAAUAAAUGCAUAG